GUUUGGAGAAGAGAGACAGAGAGUUGCAGAGAAUACUGAUGACAGGAGCAAGCAAGAAGCCAUGAACGAAGCUGAAGCUCUCAGAACUGAAACCAAAACGGAUCCAUCGAACAACCCUUUUAUCUGCAUCCUCUACCCCGCCAUGAGGGACACUUUCUCUAUCUAGAUAGCACCUUUCUACCUUCUUCUCUUCUCUUUUCUUCCUCAAUCCAUUUAUUAAUUCACCAAAUGUGUGACUGAGGGAGAGAGAAAGUAGAAUACAAGAACGAAAAGCGUAACAUGGCGACGUACUUUCAUGGAAGCACUUCGGAGAUUCAAUCUUCUGCAGAUGGCUUGCAAACGCUUUACCUUAUGAACCCAUCUUACGUACCUUAUGCUGACGCGCCGCACCACCCGACACUUCUCGUCAAUCCCAACGCUACCAACGCGCUCAACCUCGCGAGUCUCACCCACGCGCCGCCGGUGUCGCCUUCCCCCAACCAGCAGCAGCACGUGAUUCACGGCAUGGCAAACAUCCUCGGAUCCGGGAAUUCCGAUGAGCACGCUCACAGCCGACAGUCGUUGUUCGGGGAAAACAUCGCCGCCUUCCACGGUUUCUCCGGCGGGGCAUCCUCCGCCGCCCCUCGCGUUCACUAUAACCUCUGGGGCUCGGGGGUUGAUCAACCUGGAACGCCUUCUAGCAGCUCCGUCGGUGGCGGUUUCCGGCGGCCCAGUCAGCAGGGGUUGUCUCUCAGCCUUUCUUCACAUCAAACAAAUUUCAGGUCAGUUUCUGGGGAGCUUGAUAUUGCCGGACAGGGCCACGUCGCCGGAACUGGGAACUCGCCGACGUCGGCUGCGUCAACAGGAGUUUCGGGCCUGAUUCUGGGGUCGAAGUAUCUGAAGGCGGCGCAGGAGCUUCUGGAUGAAGUUGUUAACGUAGGAAAAGGAAUCUACAAAGAGGAAAAGUUCUCAGAGAAGGUGAAAGCGAAUAGAGAAUCUACUAAUUCUGGUGCUGGUGGUGGCGAUGGUUCGAGUGGUGGAGGAGAAAACAGUGCAGGAAAACAAGUGGUCGAACUCAGCACCGCUCAAAGGCAAGAACUUCAGAUGAAGAAGUCCAAGCUUGUCAACAUGCUCGACGAGGUGGAACAAAGGUACAGGCAAUAUCACCACCAAAUGCAAAUUGUGGUAUCAUCAUUUGAGCAAGCUGCAGGUUAUGGGGCUGCAAAAUCAUACACAUCCCUUGCCCUAAAGACUAUCUCAAAGCAAUUCCGGUGCCUUAAAGAUGCAAUCUCUGCGCAAAUCAAAGCCACGAGCAAGACAUUGGGUGAAGAUGAUUGCUUGGGAGUGAAAGUAGAAGGGUCAAGGCUUAGGUAUGUUGACCACCAUCUCAGGCAACAAAGGGCACUGCAGCAGCUAGGAAUGAUUCAGCCCAAUGCAUGGAGGCCACAAAGAGGCUUGCCAGAACGAGCCGUUUCCAUUCUUCGCGCUUGGCUUUUUGAGCAUUUUCUUCACCCCUAUCCAAAGGACUCAGAUAAAGUCAUGCUUGCUAAACAAACUGGACUGGCUAGAAGCCAGGUAUGUUUCAUCAAAGAUUAUCAGACACCAUCAACCGUUGAGUUUAAAAAACUGUUACUUUUUCUUCAAAGCUUUUGA